AGUGAAACGCUGAGAGCGCUGCUAAAUCAGCGACUAAGUGCGGCUGUGGAAGAAAUAGUUGUCGUGUUUGAAAGAACGAUAGCAGAGUACGAGGAGGAACUUCGCCGAACAAAAGAGGAGAACGAAAGACAACGUCAACUACUGGACGCUGUUUUCAAGCCCCAAGUGGUUUGUACCCGUACAAACCAUGUUUGUCUUUGUCCUGCAAAAAGUUCCAGGAAAGAAUAUCUUCCCUCUGAGCAGAAAGCGUUGCUCUCCAGGUUGAAACCGCAGGAGGCCGAGGCCCCACCCAUUAAAGAGGAAGAGGAGGAGGGGAAGGCCGAUAUCACCAAGUUGCCAUUGACUGGUGUUUCUUUGAAGGCCGAUGACGAGGGUGAAGAAGAAGGUGAUGGAGGAUCACAAGCUGACAACCUCUUAGCGCCAUUGUCGGAUAGUGAAGACAUAAUGUCACACUCUCCUGAAACUGAUGAUGAGGAACACCUGAAGAUUGAGAUAACAUGUCACGCUGACAAAAAACGCUGGAAAUGUCAGUGUGACAAAACAUUUCACUACAGCAGUGCACUAAUCAAACACUCGAGAAUUCACACGGGAGAGAAACCUUUCAUGUGUUCAGUGUGUGGGAAAAGUUUCGGUCAUAAGGGAAAUUUGACGGCCCACACGAGGACGCACAGUGGAGAAAAAACAUAUUCCUGCUCAAUCUGCAACAAAUGUUUUACUGGUGCCUCGGCAUUGAUCAAACACAUGAGGAGACACACUGGGCAGAAACCUUUCAGAUGCUCAGCGUGCGGUAAAAGAUACACACAAAAUGAAACUUUGAAAGCACAUGCAAGAACACACACUGGCGAGAAACCUUUUUUGUGCUUAGUCUGCAACAAACGUUACAGUUUGCGUUCAUCAUUUGCCCGACACAGAAGAACUCACAGUGGCGAGAAACCUUUUUCGUGCUUAGUCUGUAACAAAAGCUUCAAUUCACUUUCAUCAUUUUCCCAACACAGAAGCACGCACACUGGUGAGUACAGUAAUGUUCAGUUGCGGUGUGUGCAAUAACACGCCCCCUCGUAAGUAUCAGCUUAACACACACACAACAACAACAUCCAUCCAUCCAUUUUCUAUUUACCGCUUAUCCACACUAGGGUCGCGGGCUUGCUGGAGCCUAUCUCAGCUAUCUUUGGGCGGGAGGCGGGGUACACCCUGAACCGGUCGCCAGCCAAUCGCAGGGCACAACAACAACAUAAUAAACCAAUUAGCCCUCCCUACCAUAGCUUUGGUCCGAAAUUUCGUUUCAUUACAUCAGGGGUGUCAAAACUCGUAUUUGUCUCGGGCCGCAUUGUAGUAAUGAUUUCCCUCAGAGGGCCAUUGGAACAGUGAAACCAUAUAAAUGUUUAAUCACCCAAUCACAUUAUUACCAUUACACAACAAAUUGAGGGAUAACUAGUUUUGACAUCAGAAGACAAGGAUAAAAAUCGUUCAAGUAUUAUUUAUGUUACUGUGGAAGAAGGGUUUGGUAACAGAAAAAAAUGCAUUAUCUCAACAUGAUUUUUUAUUAUUAUGACAAUUUGGAAUUUGGGUACAGAAUUUAGCAAAAAUCACAGACGUUGACCGGCAUGAUUUGCUUUCAUGGGCCACAUAAAAUGAUGUCGCGGGCCGCAUCUGGUCCCUGGGGCUUGAGUUUGACACCUAUGCAUUACAUGAAUCUGAUAUCCCUAAAUGAAAAAGUAUUUUAUUUUCUUCUAAGGCCUAUUAUUGUGGAAAUAAAGUUAUAUAUUUUUUCAAGAGCAAAAGAUGUUUUUUUUCCAGAAUAUUCUAUUUUUUGUGUGU